CGGUGUCGCGCCAGGCCCCCGCUAGCGGCUAGCCAAGCAAGCAGCAAGCAGUCGCAAUCCCGUCGCCUAACCAGCAUCGCUCGCCUUACCUUUUCACCCUCUUACAAAAUCGCAUCGAGGCUUCCGUCAGUCGCAUAUAUUUGCCCCGUUUCCAUCUGCCGGUCCCUUCGACGUCGUCCGCCGUCGUUCGUCGUCGCCAUUGCCGCCGCCACCGCCGCCGCCACCGCCGCCGUCGCCGCCGCCUGCUGCUCUACUGCCGUCGUCAUCGUCGCACACGCAGUACGUCGUCGUUAUUGCUCUCGCAAUCGUCGUCCAGUCGCGCGUGGUUUUUAACAGCGGUUCUAUUAAAGGGAAAGCGCGAGCUAAUAUAUCUACACAUACAUAAAACGGAGCCUCUGCGAUCGAGCAAAAGCUGAUUAUGAGUUGGAACAGUGCAGCGAUACAGAAAGCAUUCGGGCCAGCGAUUGUAAAGUGAGAACAAGUUUUAUCGUGGUUUUGUGUGUUUGCGAUCCGGCCGAAUCGACCGGAACUCUGAAGUGAGCCGUAAAGGGAAACGUAUUUUCACCGUUUUUUCGGUGAGAAACGGAGCAAGUGCAGAGUCGGAAGGAACGGAGCUCGUAUGUCACACGUUGAAAGGACUAGCCGUGUCAUCGUCGGAAUAAGUGCUGACAAUAUAUUAUCUAUUUUGGUGUGUUGUUCGUUACCACAGUGAAGGAGUCGCAAGCUCCGAAGAAACCAGUGAAGGCUCACCGACCGCCUUACCUGUCACGGUGACCGACAUCACGGCGAGAUCGCGGCUGAUACCUCCGCGUGUUCCGGCGCAAGAACAGCAGAAUCCGGAGUUCGACCGCGGGAGGAACCAGGAGUGCACCGAAUAAAUGACGUAAAUCCGAGGAACGGAAACGCAACGUCACUCGCUAACUCGCAAUUCCCCUUUCCCCCCACCGUACCUCCCCCCCUCUCUUCUCUCUCUCUCUCUCUCUCUCUCUCUCUCUCUCACCGUUUUUCACAACUCCCCCGCCUUUCUUUUGUCCAGAUAUCCAAGCAACGGCCUAACCGUAUCCACGAUCCGCGAUCCAAGACGCAACCGGACCUUUGGCCUCGCCUCUUUUACCCGCUUUGUCGUCUACCGCCUUCUCGUGCUUACUCUCUUACUCUCUAACCGCACCCCUACUUCUUGUCUACGGUGAAGAAAAAAGAAAACAAGAAAUCCAUCCCCUCCGUUCCGUGUUCUCUCGUCCCUGCGAAAGGAUACAGGCUCUUAGGGUCACCUUUCCAAGAUUCGAGAGGUCCCUUUUCUCUGGCUCCCGUUUUUCUUACGGUCUGGACCACCGCCUACCUCCCGAAGUCGUCUCCCAACCUCGUCCGAGUAGAUUCAACACAUCGAGACGCGGCGUUAGCUUCAGAACCGGCUUGAAGAACACCACGACCGGCUUUUUGAGACACAUGUAUACACACACACACACACAUACGCAUAUACACACGUAAUAAAACUCGAGCGCAGCAACAGCAGCAGCAGCAGCAGCAGCAGCAGCAGCGGCAACAACAACAACAACAGCUAUAUUAUCGAUAAAGAAAACAAUUACGUCUAGAGCACACAUUUACCUACACACAUACACAUACACACGUACACACACUCGUGGACGACGUUUAGCUUCGAAGGCUUUCAAGCUUUGCCCAACUACUACGCCUCUGGUUGCUACUACGCUGCGCCCUUCUAAACCUCGCCGAGUGCAUCGCGCGAAGAUUACAGGAAGGAUAAAGGAGUCGAAGUCUGGUAGAGAGAAUCGAUCGAGACCGAGACGGAUCGAAAAAAAACUCACUGGUCCAGCCCGGGACAGAGAAAGCCCAGCAUCGCCUAAAACCGAAGCCCAGGAGCCUAAUUCGCACUGUCGAUGCCAUUCGCUGCCUCUCUCACUUCUUCACGCUCUUUUCUCGGUGAAACAUCUUCUUCUUGCGAGUGCUGCCGCUGAGUAACCCCGCCUAGACGAACCCCAAAGUGCGCGUCGCCGAGAGGGUGAACAUCCGUCACCUUCCAGCCUAGUUGAGAUUAAAAGAAAAAGAAACAGGAAGCUCUCUUUCCCUCUUUCGCUAACCGCUAACUUGGCAAACGGUACUAGCUGCACUGUCCCUCUGUAUCAUUAACGUCUACGAUCGAUAACAGCCCGACUGUUAAUCGAUAAAGAGCAACUCAGGCGAUACGUAACGGUGAUCACGGUCUAAAUAUAGUUUAGAAUUGUGCGUACUGCCGUUGAGAAUCGCGACAGCCUUCCUACACGGGUGUUCGAUAAUACGUGACAACGAAUAAGUAGGCAAAGUAAAGGAGUACUUCUCUUUGUUCGUCGUUGUCGUCGUCGUCGUCCGGUUUACGCGUGUUUUAUGCUUCGUCUACACGGAAGAUCCGAGCUCUGGAAGACCAUCAACUUGCCACGGGACGCGUUCAUGGAACAAUAAGGCGAUUGUACGCUACUCAAAGAAAAUUCUUCUUGCGCAAAGAUCAGGCCGGUGUGGGUGAACGCGAACAAACAGGCAAGGCUACGCUGUGACAAGCCCAGCGGAGGAAGAGGAUAAAUUAAAGUCGGUGUAAAGCCGGGCUUGUAUACUCCCGCUAAGGAGGAAGUUCCUUGGUCUUCCAGGAGUGGAAGUAUGGCAAUGGUCAACAUGAAUAACCUACUGAACGGCAAGGACUCCCGGUGGCUGCAGCUAGAGGUUUGCAGAGAGUUCCAGCGCAACAAGUGCACCAGGCCUGACACGGAGUGCAAGUUCGCUCAUCCGCCAGCUAACGUCGAGGUGCAGAGCGGACGGGUCACCGCUUGCUACGACAGUAUCAAGGUAAGCAUUGUCGGAGUACUCGCUGUGAUUUUUCAAUUCAUUUACGAUCCAAGGAACCUGAUGGGUGAUUGUUCGUGCAGGUAAUCAAGUCGAUACAAGUUAGUUACACACUUUACGCUGCAAAGUAACUUCGAGCUCGAGUAUAGUAAGCCAUUUGACGCUAAGUAGUAACCUUUGGAGAAACUAAUCGUUAGGUUGACCGUUAAAUACGGUGACCAUGAAAAUAUUUUCAUUGGCCGUAGCUCUGUUCUGGUACAUGGUACAUCGGAGGCCAGGUACAAGGUCGCUACGAGCGGGUUCUCGUGGCUUUUACGAGCGUUCGGUGUCGUCUCGUAAGUCGCACGCGCUCGCGUCGUGAUACUUUAGCUGCUCUGGAGUUUUGUCGGCGCUCGUAUGGCACCGUGAAGGGGAUCUCGAAAGGGCCGGGAGUAAUCCCACGGAGGCGUAAAGCGACGAAAUACGGGUGGAAAAAAGGGGUUAUACCUUUUUCAUGGUCCCUUAGUCGUGUUUCCGGGCUGGGCGGCUUCAGGCAUUCGCACUAAAAUUUGCACCCUCUCGGGCCCGCAAUGGACGAUCAGAUACGUAGCGCGACGUAAUAGAGAGGCAUUUGCGUUGAUAAUUCGAUCGUCCGCGCGAGCUUGAAAUUGCGGCGAAACUGCGAGCGUGCUUUGUUUGUUAACCGUAAUUUCAACUGUCGAGAGAAGCGAUUGGAAUGCCAUACUACGAAGGAACUUGUAAAACGCGAUCUCAGAUGUAGACGGUGAGCCAGAAGGUAUACUGUAGAUUACAUUAGAGGUAGGUAACAUUGGGUUGGAUUAAACAAAAAUUUCAGACGACACGCGUCGAAUCUACUACAGAGAAUGGUCUUUUCUCUUGCCUUUCUUCCCGCGUCUUUUUUUUUUGUAUAAUGUCAAAUUCUAUCUUACAUAAUGGCUUCUGCUCGGGUUCACAUAAAUUCUUUACGCUGUUACCAAGGUAAAGCGAAGUAACUCCAAAAGAAACGAAAAGUUGAACGUGGCAAGGUAGGAAAUAGUGUUUGUUUGUUCAACGCCUUUGUUGCGCGUAAAAUUGCAACGUGCCCGAGCAAAAAGGAAGAGAGGAAAAUGAGAUUGAGUUGCAGACUACGGACCAGAAUCAGCGAAGACGUUGCCGCGAACUUGAACGUUAUAACAGUAAUAAAAUUGGCGCGCCAAGGCGGUGUCUUGUAUCGAAUCGUACGUGGAAGUCAUAACAAAUAAGAAACGUCAGAGUAUUCGUAAAAUUUGAUUACGCGUAUACGAGACUGGGAAAAGCAGAACAAGCAGUGUAAUAAUAAGCAACGAAAUGGGAACAGGAUCUGCGGCGAAUGAUGAAACUCGAAGGGUGAAUUAAUAGGAACAAGCUUUGAAUUAUCAGCGUGAAAUGCAAAGUCAAAACGAAGUAAGACGCAAACGAUACGACUCUUGGACGAACGAGAUAAUAGACGAGCCAUCGCGAACUAUACAGCGAAGAUUAAUAAGAAUCUACCGAUGCUUCGCGUUCGAGAAAGUUGAAUACAAAAACGAAAUCAACCACUGUCACACCGGUUGUAUCGUUAAUGUUGCAAGGGGAUACGAACACAAUGAAAGUGUUAAAUAGUUGUAUAAAACGAGAACGUAAACCCGACUACGAAACAUUAAUCAGUCUCUCGUGGCUUUACCGACUGCAUAUAUUACUGUCAACCGAACACUGUUGCAAAUAUAUACUAUUUCUCAUUCUUCGCGAGAGUUUUUUACACUUUCUCUUUGGCGCGUAAGUCGUCUGGGGAGUUGGGCGUCUCGAGGCGAAUGCACAACGGUCCGAAAAGUUUGAGAAACCCUGCGCAGGAUCGUUCCGUUCGCGUAUCGUUCGCAAAUUCCGACAGGGCAUUUUGUCAUUCGUGUCUAGAAGUUGAAGCUAGUCUCGGACACGGUACGACGGCGCCGAGUUUUCGAAGUGGAUAAUUACUUGGUGGUCCCCUCGCCACCAGCGAGAAUGUGCCACUUGGUUUCGUUCCAGUAAGCUCGACUUUCUUCUUAUUAUCGGGACUGGGGAAGUUCGCGUCCCCGCGGUUCGGGCUCGUCGCGCCAAAAACCCUCGACGCUCUCACCGCCGCCAAGGGAAAUGAAUUAUGCCGCACGACCAGCGUCGCCGACUCGUCUCCGCCUCUGCGACCUCGAAUCCGCUCGAUAAUCGCAUUAAUGAAAAUGUCCGCGUAGCGGAACGGAAUUUAUUCGAUAUUAUUAUUGGUACGUCCGUUCGAGGCCGAUAAUUCGACGUUUAUAACAGUCAGCCGAAAAUCGCAUUUAUGGCUGGCCGCGUCAAUAUUUGAUCGCGCCUGGCCGCUUUGGCAUCGCUUUAUUUCCAGGAUGGUUUUUAGAAUUUUCGCGUUUCGCAACGAGGAGCCAAUCGUGCAACUCGAUUUCCUUUUUUACUUUCCUUUACUUUACACUUUUCUGAUCCACCAGACGGACGCGACGGUCUAAUAACGAUCGAUUAUCUUAGAACGCAUGAUAGCCGUGUUCGUGGGUCAUGUAUCGUCCGCUACAACGUUCGAUUACUCUGCGAACCCGAGGCUCGAUCACCGUGAAAUUCUGGGCAUCGUGGUCACGUCACUGUGAGAACUAAAACCUGUUCGCUCCGACAGGAACCGCGUACCGGAGGCUGUGCAAGUUGGCGUUGUUCUAAGCACGACGGUUUUCUUUGUUCUCGCCCUCAUUGUUCCGACAGCGAUUAAACUAUUUUUUUCCUCGGGCAUAUCAUUUUGGUUACGGCCAGCUCUAUCGAUUGUCUAGCUACCGUGUUUCUAUGUUUCUUAUCGCCCCUGAGCUCGGAUACCGUUUCCACGCUUCAGGGUUUCUAGACGUGCUCGAUCCGUCGUCUUCAAGAUUUUGAUCCUCUCGAUGCUAAUUCGUUCCUGUUGAAUGCAAAUUAAUGUAUUCGGAAACUGGUCUUGGUUCCCGGUGGAAUACACCGGACCGUUUGAUCCGCUGCACACGGAUGUUCCUUGGCCUGUUACGCGAAAUAUACCUAAAUUACCGUAGCUUGUACGUCGUGUUAUCGAUGAUUGUGAAUCGCUCGAAGGGAAGCGUUAGCGAUUGAAAAGAAAUAGAUUUACCAGGAUCUAAAAUAAUAUUUAGACUAAUUUUACCGAGUACUCGAAUUCGAUUUGGUCGGCGUUAACAACAAAAUCUGGGUCAAAAUUUGCCGCAAACUCCGAUGUACGCUGCCACGACUGCAAAUUCCAAUCAAACAAAUUGCAAUUAAAAAAAAAAAUAAUAAAAAAAAAUAUUUAAUUGAAUCGCACAGUGUGUUUUAUCGGAGAUCGAUAUUCGCGACACGCAUUAACGUUUAGCAAAGUCGUGUUACCGUCGUCGCGACGGAAAAUCGCGAGAAAACAUUUGGAAUUUAAAUUAGCCUUUCGCGCAACUAUGGACAAAUAGCGGCUUACUUGUUCGUACACCUAAUAAACGAGCUGUUUGGUAAGACUGUCGGAUCGCCGAGCUCGUUACGCUUUCACAGGAGGGGCGUCCUCUAAUCCAUCUUUCCCGGGGACGCGACGCGCGAAGUAGAGAGCAGAAGAUAUUGGUAUUCCCGGCGAAAAUAUGUCGAGCCAACGAAAUUCCGGCGGGGCGGCUUCGGGAGCCUUUAAAGUCGCGAAGUCGCUCGAAACAAAUUAUACGAGGAGACGAGGACGAGCGAAACGCGCGUGUGUGCGACGCGACGCGUGCAUUUCUGGAGAAGCCGCGAAUACUUCUCUUCCCUCGGAGACCCUCUUUUGUUAUUUUCCCAGCGUGGAAGGAGGAAGAAGAAGCCAACGCACGCGAAGGGCGAAAAAGUGGGUAGGAGGUUGAAGGUGGAAGCGUAGGUGGAUGGGAAACGCGAGCAAGAGAGAAACGUACGCGCGAGUUCGGCGAGAUACGGUAUAAAAUAUACUUAAUCUGUAUUCGGGACACGAUCCCUGCCCAGCCGGCUGCCUAGCCGACGGAAUACAAAAUUCCUGUAUUCAGAUGCUUUGCGACAGAAAUUGACUUUAUUGAGGUUUAUUGAUCCGCAAUAUUGUGUUCCGCCGUGGCACAGCCACCCAGCCUUCGCGUGCCACGACUGUGUCGAAUGUGCUCUGCAGAGCUGUGUGCGAGUGCGAAACUGAGCGAUUCCACCCGAUACGUGUGCGCACACGUAUCGACUCUUUCGUUUCUGUCCCCCGAGAUACGCUUUACUUUCUAGCGUUGCACGCCACCGGGACAAAAUCCCCAAAACCGGCCAAUACUGGAAACAGUUCUCGACUCUGCGCGAAACCAAACGUGUAAGGGUUGCCCAUCUAGCAUGGAACCUAUGCGAACAUUCGCUGUUCACAAAAUUAUAAAUUCUAACGAUGGAGACCGCAUCAGGAGGAUCGGUGUCAAAGGAUACAGAAUAGAGGCGUGCUUUGAAGAGGCCACGAGCAUCACCAUUGAUUACAUGUUCGCGUCUAUUUGACCAGAAAUCACCUUCGUUCGCGGAUGGAUACCGAAAUACAGAGUAUCGCGAGAUCACUCGUGAAUACGAAACUGAAUAUCCGACAAACGAACGACAUCAUAGGUUGUCAGACCGAUUCGUUUAUCGUCAUUUUGGCUAAUCCUUUCGGCAAAAAGAGAAUUUCAAUUUUGAUUUUGUAGUCUAUUACAGACUAGCAAAGUUUUGAAAUAACUAAAUUCUUCAAUUAGUAAAUACGAGUUUGGAAACGUAUGUAUGGUUCCAAGUUAUCCUGCCAUUCUCAAGAAAUAAAACCGUGUUUCACUUUUCUUCCUUUCGCUCGUCAAGUCGAGUAACACAUUUUCUCGAUCGCUUCGAUCGUGAUCUAUUUUACAUCCAGGCUUUUACCAUUUCGCGUAUUCAAGGCGCCAGUGUCGCGUAGUUGCACAUGUUCUUCCGUAUUUAAAUUUAAUUUUCUUCCCGAGAGUACAGCGGAGGUGCCACCUUUUCCCGGGAAACCUUCGCCCUCUUUCCUUAGUUCGGUCGAAUCUUGCAAAUUUAUAGCUGAGUGCAUAUCGAGCUUUUACUUCGCGCAUCCGUACAUGCGGAGAAUCGUCCAAGUAGAGGCGAAACGUUACGUCUUGGGCAUGCAGGUCGCGAAGAAUCGCGUGUAAUGAAAUGGGUGUCGACUUCGAAGCUUCUCCGAGUGGUCCAACGUUUGAUAUCGUAAGGAAAAAUGUCCAAAUAUCAGCGUCUUUUCGACUCGAAAAGUGGUGUUCUCCCUUAACGGAGAAGUUGCUCGAAGGCUCGCCACGGGUCAUGCGUAUAUCUGUAUGCCAAGAAACGUUGUAACGUAUAGUUGAGGAAGUAUUUUGCAGCACGGGUCAGGGCUGUUCACACUUUCACUUUGAAAGAUUCGGCUUGUGUCCUGGUUUCGCGAACAGCCUUCGGCGAUGGGCUUGCGAGGACUCCGAACCGCGUCAAACCCAACCCGAAACCGAAUCGUUUAUUGCGAACUGUUACCUGAAAACACCACCACUGAUCCGGAAAAGGACUAUUCGCGAUUAAGAGAAUUAGAGCGAGCAAUUGAUCGGAAGCGAUCCGAAUUAGUCAACGGAAAAAGCAUCGCGUUCCGUCGAGGCAAAAUAAUAGGACGAACUUUGAAGAAUUCAACGCGUGUGUCGAAAAACGAGCCGGCUAAUGGACCGUGAAAGAGUAGGAAGCUUGAGAAAUCUUGCUCAAGGAAGCCGAAGAAGAGGGAUCGAACCGAAAAAGAGUAUAAAGACGAGAAAGGACAGAGAUCGAGCAAGAAAAUGAGAGAAUGGACGCUUAGAAUGGGUUCUUAUCGGGCUGAGAAUAUUCCCGUGAAAAUUGCCAGGGGCACACGAGCACGACCACAAGCACGAACACGAGCACGAGCACGAGCACGCACCCACGCGUGCCGUCUCCAAAUGUUUUUUAGGGGAGGCUCGAAAUACGCGGGAGCUACUGUCGUAAAACUACACGGUAAAACACUUACAAACUAUUGGUCGGUGCGGCAUUAAAUGCGGCUCACGUACGACAUAACCGUCGCGUAUACGAGCUCCGGUAAAUAACUAUUCGCGUUCGCGUGUAUUUUCAUGCGAACCGAGCCGAAAACGCGGUAACGCGUCGCGCGUUACGUUCCGUUCGGAUCGUACGCGAAAGAUUCCACAUUUUACGCCCGCUCGUUCCCCCCGUAAUUCCCGGGAAAGUGUUUUUCGUGACAUGGCCGAACAUGGAGACGCUCCUUUCUCGAGGAAUUUGGGAGCAGAUAUUUGUUUCGGCGCCCACGAUUGCGUCCAACGCGGAAUUCUCCGUUGAAACGUUCGGUACGUGUCGACGAUCCGAAUUUCCAUUCGUUUAAAAAAUUAAUUCCUGGUCAUGAUUAGUGUCGCACUAUACAAGAGCCGAAACCUGACACUUGCAACUUAAUAUCGAGAUCUCGCGACACGAUUUAUCAGCCGACGCAGGCGGAGCGUUGUAUUUUACUCGAGUUUUCAUUCUACGACGCGCUCGUACAUUAGCCCGCUCGUAAUUCACACGCGUACGCAUAGCAACACGCUCUCACGAGGCAAUAUCGCGCAGGACACACCGUGGUAGCAGUAUACCGAGCAUUCGAGUAAAUAUGCCCGGAAGUUAUUCCCACCCGCGACGUGCUCGAGCGAAACGAUAGUUUUGGCAUAAGCGUUGUCCACGUGCGCGAAAAUCGAGACCGCCGGCUCUCGUUAAGGGUAGGUAGUCGAAUAAAAUGUAAAAUGAAAACGACGUCGAAUAUAGCGUAGCUUGCCAACCAAAUGCACAAAUAAUUGGCGAAACACGAUAAAAGGUCGUACCUAACACCUCGAAAGACCCCAUUCCCAUCCUUUGGUUGCAGGAUAACGCGCCAGUGCCUCUUUCGCGAGAACCGAGUGGAAAGUGCUUCCAGUUACGCGCUCGCGCGCGCUUAACUCGCUCGCGUUACCUUCUGUACGUAACCGUCCAUAGAAAGAGCAGAAGGUUGGGCAAGAGGAAGGAAGCUAGCGCGACGGAGAUACAACAAGCGAGUUAGAGGGCGAGCAAAGCGAAAGAGGAAGAGAGGAACUCCGAAGGAGUGAUCGAUGGGGUGGCGUCCAAGCGUGUCUAAAUAAUUAGCUGUCUCUGUUCCGACCCCACACCGUUUGUAGCAGUCGCCCUAUAGAUAAUACACCGUACACGAUGCGUGCAUUCACUGACUGUGUCCUCGUUGAAGGAGGACGAGGCACGCCAACGAGGGAGCAAGACCGCCAGAGAGACUCGUUUAUAACGGAGAGAGAAAAAGACAGGCGAGGGAGACACAGCGUGAUUUGCUGAGCCACCUGGAAUCAUGAAUCAUCCGUGUCGCGUAUGUAAAAUUCACGGAGAUUCACAACACGAUACAAUUUCGUGCAGUUUUCGCAGCUUUAUGGGUAUAUUCGACGCGCGUAUAUCACGCGUCGCUCGCGCGUAAAACAGAAAACAGAGUAGCGUACGCGCUCCCGUGAACGUGGAACUCUUUCAAAAACCGAAUGGUAGAAGAACGACGAUUGUGUCAUCUUUCACGAUAGGGCCGUGACUUCGGUUAAACUGUGUAUAGCUUGU